CGUGACUUCCUUUGCGGCCAUUUUGAGUAAGGGCAGGUUUCCCUUAUUCUGCAUUAAGCGCAGAUUGAUAAAUCGGGAACCUUUGGGGAGAGCCUGACUAGAGCCAUAAAGCCGGGAUUGUGUCAGAGAGCCUGUAUCCCAUGUAUGAGGCGCUCCUCACCCGCCUCCAGCCAGCAGCCAUAGCACUUCCGGGGGCAUACGUCAUCGCCGCUCAGCUGACGCAGCACCAUAACAACAACAUCAUCACCCCGGAGCUGCUCAAUACCGGGAGCUGAGGGGGGAUACCGCGGGCUGGGGGGCUCGUAGCUCUCUGAGACAGCAAAGUACAUAUACCAGGUAAGGGACAGAGACAGUCACAGCAGGGAGAGAGAGAGACAGCAGGGAGAGAGAGAGACAGCAGGGAGAGAGAGACAGUCACAGGAGGGAGAGAGAGAGACAGCAGGGAGAGAGAGACAGUCACAGGAGGGAGAGAGAGAGACAGCAGGGAGAGAGAGACAGUCACAGGAGAGAGAGGCAGCAGGGAGAGACAGAGAGAGACAGUGACAGGAGGGAGAGAGAGCCAGUGACAGCAGGGAGAGACAGCAGGGAGAGAGAGAGAGACAGUGACAGCAGGGAGAGAGAGAGAGACAGUGAUAGCAGGGAGAGAGAGAGAGAGACAGUGACAGCAGGGAGAGAGAGAGAUACCCAGGGCAGAGACAGACAGAGAUACCCAGAGAGAGAGAGAGAACCAGGGCGGAGACACAGGGCAGAGAUACCCAGAACAGGGAGAAAGAGAGAGAGAUACCCAGAGAGAGAUAUUUAUCACAGGGUAUGGGUACAUAGAGAGAGAUACCACGGGUGAGAGACUCAGAGACAGACAUCCUAGGUGGGAGAAAAAGUGAGAUAUACCACAUGACAGGGGCACAGAGAGAGUUACCUAGGGGAGAGUGCAUGUAAAAUCAAACCAAGACCAGUUAAAUCAGGGGGCUAGAAAAGAUUACAAAGUGAAAUCCAUGUCUGAGGGACAUCCAUAAAGAUAUACCCCCAGGUCAGAGAAAACACAGGGGCAGGACACAAAUCAAAUUCUGGGAGAAAUGAACCAGGGGUCAGACUUAUAGAAAAGGAAAUGGUGGGUUUCCAGUAGCAACAAAGAGUGUUUUACGUGGUAUAGGAGAUAGGUGUGGACAAAUUAAGCAACUGCUAAUUAUUAGCGGUGUAUUCAAAGACUGACUGUUGAUGUGGUAGAACCUGUUUGCAAACUGCUCAGAGGGAACAUAAAUUUGUGAUUGGCUAGAGAUUAUAGACCCUGCUGAAGAGUAAAUCCUGUAUAGAAUUUUGAGACAUGGUAAGAAUAUAGCCUAAAAGUAAGGAUGUGUUUAUUUGAAUUAAGGUUUAAAACCGCGCAUGCGGAGUUUGUAGAACUUUACAUCUAGUAUUGCCAAAGUAGUGGUCAUUUUGGUAUAAGUAGGACACUGGAAGAGGAAAGGGAGCAGAGUGCUUUGUUGUGCUUAUUGUUAUGUUUAGGAUAAAGGAGGUGUGAGAACUGUUUUUAAUUACUGCAAAAGAAAAGGCUUAAGAAAGCUUGAAAUCCGUUGAGACGCAGCAGUGAGGGAGGUUUGAGAUAAAGGGGAAUGUUGUGGAGAGACUCAGGAGGAACGUUGUUACAUUUAAUUUCUGGAAGUUUAUUAGAACUGGGAAAAAAGGUUGUGCUGAGGAAAAUCUGAACCGCACAUCUGGGCCGGCCAUGGCUGCCAUUACUGGUGAUGUCUCAGAGGAUAAAAAGAUGCAGAGGGAAGACGUUGCACCCUGGCCUUCAGGGGAGCAAUUACUGAAUGAAGAGAAAAGUGGCCGGGUUCCUGGAGCCUCAGAAGAGGACAUGAAAAUGCUGGAAGCCAACCUGCUCCUUAGACUGCAAGAAUGGGGACCCGUGCUCACCGCCGGACAGCGGCUUUUGGUGUGGGAGAGACCACUGCCCAGUCUUCUGACCGCAGCUGCUGUUCAUGGGACCUUUUGGUGAGAUUCUAAAGAUGUUACUUCAGAUGUGAUAAUUUACUCUCUCACAUUCCCUGUUUUUUUGGGUUUUUUUUCAAAUAAAUGAAUAAUCUUGAGAAGAAUUAUGGGUACUUGUCUGUACGGCCACUGUGUUCCUUUCUGCCCCAAACACAGUAGAAGGUCAUUCUGUCCUGUUGAUGGGAACACAGUGGUGGGGGUUUAAAAGACAAGUACCAAAAUGAUUAAUACAUUUUACAAAAAUACUGAAAAAUAGUUUAUUAUACAGUUUAUUAUUGUAAAAACAAUCUUCAUAUGGAUAUAGGUUUAGUACAAGGUUUCCACAGUUAGAAUUGUUUGUGUUGCCAUUUUUUACAUCAAUGCCAUUGACAGAAAUAAAGGUUACAAAGUCUAGGAAGAACAUUCAAUCUGUUUAUAUGAAAGCAAUCUGGCUAGCUGAAAAUUUAGAUGGCAUUUUAUUCUUACUAAAGAAAUGCCAUAGUACUAACAUCUCUGUUUAUAUAAAACUUUACAGGCAACAAUAUCACAAAAAUGAUUCUUUACUCCUGAUAAUAGCUCUCAGACUGCACUGUUGCAAUCUGACUGCAAAGUUUAUUUGAGUCUCCUAUUCACAUUCUUUUUGUGCUGUUACAAGAAAUUGUAUCUAACUUGUUUGGGUACAAUUUCAGUAGGGAUUGCUAUCGGUAACGCCCAUUUGUAAAAAUGACAACUUGCAUUGUCAGCAUUAAGAUUGUAGUUAUACAGCUGUAUCGCUUAAAGGGAUAUUGUCUCUUCCUAAGCUUUUUAAUAUUUUAAUUAUAUGUUUUUUUUUUUUGUUUUGUUUUUAUUCUUUUAGCAAGUGAAAAAUAAAAUUACAUUUACAAAUUCAGACCUCUAUGUCAUGCAACUGGGCACCUCCCUCUUGGCUUCCUGUCAUUGUUAUAAUUUUAUAUAUAGAUGUGUGUGUGUGUGUGUGUGUGUGUGUGUGUGUAUAUGUGUAUAUGUGUAUAGUUAUGUCCUUUGCACUUAGCAUAAAGAUAAAUACAGAGAAGAUAUUAAACUAUUUCUUUUUCUCCUCCUCAUUUUCAAUAUUGCUUGGAAUAAACUAAUUUAAAUAAUGUCCCUAUAAUUGGGAAUAUUGGACUGCAUAUGAAGUGAUAAUGGUGAUUAAUAUUUGUCCACAGGCUCUUCUCAUACUUGACUCCGAGGCCUUUCUUCUUGCUCAGUUUGGUUCUCUUGUGUCUGCUGGGUAUAGACCGCUGUAAGGCAUCACUACUUGCUCGGUUUAAAGGUAAUACUCCUUAAACAAAAAACUUCAGUUUUCCAUGUAGUUUUCCAUGUAGCUUUGUACCAGCACUUGACAAACCAGAGAGAAUGUAGCUUCCUAAAAUACAUUAUUCAAACACGUAGCAUUCAAUAACAUUAUUUAUGAAACUCAUACAGGGUCUGAAAUAUUAGAAUUGUCCCCUAUCUGCCUGCAAAUGUAGUUCAAACAAGUGUGCGGGCAGAUAGUGGCCAAUUCUGUUGUAGAGGUUAAACUUGAUGGAGCUGAGUCUUUCUUUUUUUUUUUUUUUAAACGCAGAUUGCUAUGUAACUAUCAAUCUGAGCACGUGGUUACAUAUUUCUGUAUUUUAGAAAAUGUGGUUUUAUAUGGGCAGGUUAAAAGGAACAUACUACAUUCAAGGUAAAUCCGUAUCGGUGUUGCAGAAUCCAGACAUUGAUAAAUCUUGUGAACACAGUCAGUCAGUCACCCUCUUCUUUUCCUCUCUCAGAAUCUGUUCUUCUUUUCUUUAUUUCUAGUUUUCUUUAAAAUAUAAGGUGAAGUAGGGACUACUUUGUCUUACGUCAUUUUACUACACUUUCUUUGUGUCAAGGAGAAGGGUGAGUAUUUUUUCUGACACAGUAAACGGAACAGACUUAAAGGAACACCUAUAGUCACCUAAAUUACUUUAGCUAAAUAAAGCAGUUUUAGUGUAUAGAUCAUUCCCCUGCAAUUUCACUGCUCAAUUCACUGUCAUUUAGGAGUUAAAUCACUUUGUUUCUGUUUAUGCAGCCCUAGCCACACCUCCCCUGGCUAUGAUUGACAGAGCCUGCAUGGAAAAAAAACUGGUUUCACUUUCAUACAGAUGUAAUUUACCUUAAAUAAUUGUAUCUCAAUCUCUAAAUUGAACUUUAAUCACAUACGGGAGGCUCUUGCAGGGUCUAGCAGGGGAUAAAAUCUUAAUGAAACAGAACUUGCAAUAAAGAAAGCCUAAAUAGGGCUCUCUUUACAGGAAGUGUUUAUGGAAGGCUGUGCAAGUCACAUGCAGGGAGGUGUGACUUGGGUUCAUAAAGGGAUUUAAAUGGCAGAGGAUUGAGCAGUGAGGCUGCUUCAUUAAGCUAAAGUUGUUCAGGUGACUAUAGUGUCCCUUUAAGCUUUUCUUUGAGUCAAAGAAAGUCAAGCAUAGGGAAAAAUACAUAAGACAAAGUAGUAGUAUUGAUGUUACCAAGACUUCUAAGCUGGCUAAUCACGCCGCUAGAGGUGGAGUUACACCUCCUACAGCAAAGGCCUGUUUCUCUGCAUGUGCAGUAUAUUUCAUAGUAAUGCACCUAGCUGAAGUGGUCAUUGUGUUUUGAAAUAAUCAUUUACUUAAAGCUUGUUAUGUAAGACGAGUUAGAGGGAAUUUUACACCCUUUGCCUACCCAGAAUCCUCGAGUUAAGAUACUGCUUGGAGCGAUUACAGAAUUGUGGGGAUGUGUACCAAGUUGCAAAAAAACAUAAAAUAGUUGCAGUAUGUUCUAUUUAUCACCGCUUACUGUUUUGUUCUGUUACGCACAAUCGUGCUAAAGUAAGUAUUUCUUUAUAGGUAUGUUAAUAUAUAGACAAUGUAAAAUAACAUAUCUUAUUUCUAGAUUAAGGCUUAAUUCUUUUGUCGUCAGAAAUCAACUUAUGUUUACUAUAUACUAUAACUUCUCCUCUUCUCUUUGAACAGCAACACCCCGGGUGGAUCCUUCAAGUGAAAGGUAAGAGACUCCAUGUCAUACGCCCUGCUCAGGCCACUGCAGCCCAUUUAGAACUCAUUAAUUAUCUCAAAUCAAUGUUGCAAAUGAUUGCUUAGUCAUCUAGGGAUCUGCUGUUAUCACACCAACCCUCUGGCAGGAUACAACGGCUUCCAACAAUAGUGCUGGUCACAGUUCAUGAUGACCUGAUGCUCAGAAUCCCUUUUCAAGUCUGGAAACCUCCCAGAUUAAGUGUGCUCUUAAAACAGAGCAACGCUUAUUUACACUUGUGUUAAUUAUAAGUGUGUGUUUUAUUCUUUUCCUGCCAAGUAAUGGAGAGGGGUUGGCCAAUUGUGUGUCAUUAUUUCAUUUUAUUGUUUUUCCAGGUUUAUAUUAUAUGGGUGGGGGGAGGUGUUGCCAUCAGCAAUUUUAUUCAUAUUUAACUUGAUUGUUUUAAUGAAGAGUUGUGGAACCUUACAAAGGAAUUACACAAUUCAGGUCAAAAUAACAGAACUGAAAAAAAAAAAAAAGCUUCAAUUCAACUAGUCCUACAAUUUGUAAGUUCCAACACCGGUUUUUACUAAACACAGAAAUGACAAAAUAAUUGCAAAUUGUAGGCUGAAGAAGCUUGAUUAUGACCAAAAAUGUGUAAUUCUAAGUGUGUAAAUGCUAGAUUGUCAGCUCACGGGCAGGGUCUUCAGAUCAUUUAUUGCCUUUAUUGUAUGGCACUGUGGAAAAUGUCAUGUAAACCAUGUGCUCAGUCGGUUUUGUGUUUUAUUUUAGUGAAACCAUGACCGCAGGAGGACCGGACCGCAUGCUAAGUGUCUCAGAGCUGUGCCACUAUUUGGCCGAGAGCUGGUUCACCUUUCGCCAGUACAUUCAGGAAAUCCUGCAAUACAAAAAGCAAAACCCAGGCAGGGUGAGUAGGAACCUGUUACAGUGUUACUAUUAUGGCUACGUGCUCCGAAUUUUACUUUUCUCCCCCAAAACUUUUUCCACCUUGUUUUCUGGCCAUAGGGAAAAGGCAGAGAAUGAACUUGUCCCAAUUGUUUAUUUAACGAGUGGGGAAUUGGAAAGCUAGCUGCAAAAUACAAGCUAAGAGAGAAUAUGUCCAAACAUUUUCCCUAAGUAUAGGUUUUCAGUUUGUCCCAACUCAGCGUUUAUUAAUUCCUUGUGUUGCAAGUUUAUUUCUCAUAAAUCAAAGAUUCAUCAUACCGAACUUUCACUUGUUAGGAUUCUUAAUACUUAUCCCUAAGAUUUAACAAAUAUGUGAUGUCUGAAAAAUUAACAUUAACUGUAGCAAAUAUGUCACUCUGUCCUUGAGCAGAACUAUCUUGUCUUUCAACAUAGCAAGUGAGUAAAAAGAAACAGAUGAGGGAGAUUUAUCAGUGUUGCAUAAUGUUUUGCGUUCUUUUUCUGCUCUCUAAGUUUUCUGGCCUUUUCUGAAAUGGAUAUUUAAGCAGGGAAAAGCUGGCACAUUUUAGACCAAUUUCGAACCAUUUAAUAAAUACAAACUAGAGACCAAAAAUAAGGCACUCUUCAGAACACUUCGAUAAGUCUCCUCCCCAGGACUGAACUGAAUUGUGAUGUUAAUUGCUAAAUCUUUAAUAUACAUUUAAUUAAACAGAGCAUCAUAUUAUAUUAAUUAAUUAGUUAAAGGUUUUAUUUAAUGUUGUAAUUUACAAAAUAGACACGGUUCCUUAAUCAUAUAGACACCCUUGAGACACUUAAAUCCCCACCACCGUUUCCCUUUUCCCCAUGUCUCUCGCUAACUCAUGAAAACUACCUUUUUUACUGAUCUAAUAAUUCACAUAAUAUUUAUACAGAUAGAGAAAUCUUUAUUAUUUGCAUGCCUUUUUCUAUUCUUCUAAUAUAAAGAAUAGGUAAUAUAGACAUUUUUAUUACAGGCUGUCAGUUUGGGAAGAUUUGAGCAGAACGCAUGUUUUUCUCAUUGGCGGUUAUGUAUAAUAAGUAUUCUGAUAAGUGUCGCCAACAUGGAAAGGAGGUGGCGUCACCAAUGCAAUUUACAUGCUGGUUUCCAUGGUGACUGUGCCUCUUUUACUACUUUUAUACCACUUUUCAGAAAACUGCAUUUUUAUACACAACCUCCAUUGUUCUUUUACACUGUAAAGAGCAGGUUUUACCCAUCAGUUGGUUAACAAUGAGUUUUUGUGACUAAACUUGGGCCUAAACAUCCAAGUUAGCAAAGGUUCUCCAUUUUGGCUAUUUAUCUAUAUUUUUCCCUAAGUUUAGAAAUGUGACUUUCAGCUUCCUGCAACUCACGGUUUAGAGAAAAAUGCCACAGAUGAUCACUUCGGAAAUUAGCAGUUAUUUAAUAUCUUACCUCUUCCUUCUUUAGUUCUGUGCCAUGGUGUGCUCGGGCUGUGCCGUGCUGACAGUCCUUGGGUAUUAUAUUCCAGGCAUUAUGAUCUGCUAUAUAAUACGUGAGUAUGAAAUCAUUGCAAGAAAAUGUGUGUUAAGGGAUCUGUAAAUUCACUCCCUGAUAACACUCCGUGUCCUACUUGUUUAUCACGGCAGUUCUUAGUGUCCUCCUGUGGCCCCUGGUGGUGUAUCGAGAGCUGAUCCAAAGAAUGUACACAGCACUGGAGCCAGUUCUUAUGAAGCUUGACUACAGCAUGAAGGGAGAACGGCUGCCACGUUCACACAAAAGUAAGUGAGAAUUUUAAACCAACAGCCAAAAAAUGGCAGGUGUUCAGAAUCCAAAAAUCAAUAUCUACAAAUGUGCAGAAACGUCUAAACAAACAAAGUGUAUACAAUCCAGUAACACUCACCAUAAAGUGAUACACAACUUAAUAGUUUAAACAGUAAAACUCAGAAGUGUAAGGUUUUGGUUAAAACUAUAGAAGGUGCUACAAUCACCUAUUCGGGUCACUUCACCACAUAUAAGUGCAAUAUAAUAAAAUCAAAAAUAAAUUGGUGAGGGCACACUAAAAUACAUGCGUAUUGCCAUCCAGUACUGAUUUAUGUAUUCAUGGAUGGUAAUAUGCAUGUAUUUUAGUGUGCCCUCACCAAUUUAUUUUAUUAAUAAUUUAAACAGUUCGCUGGUCUACAAAAUGGGAACUAUGAUACAUUUGUCCAUCCUGGCCUGGCUAAUGAACCACACUCAUCGUUGUUGUUGUUUAUAUGACCCCACUAUAUUCCGUGGGUACCAAAAACCAAAUAUUCCAUAUAUAUAAUGUUUAAGUUUGCCAUAGACAUUACCCCCUGUUAGAUCUGGGAUUGGGAUAGAAAGCUAUAACUAUCCCAGUAUAUCCAACUUGGUUUUACCAGUUUUUAUCAAUGAUUUAGAAGUAAAAGUAUUGGAUAACAAGAGGCUGCUUUUAUUCUCUCUAAGAACGACAAGCAAAGAAGGAACCUGAAGAAGGAGAGCAAUUGGUGGCAGAGACGGACAGUGAAAGCGAGAUUGAACUUUCUGGAUUCUCUCCUAAGGUGAUUUCAAUACAUGCAUUUAUUGUAGCAUUUUUUUGUAGCAUUUUAUGUUGGGGUGUGUGAGAGUCACACAGAAGGGGCUGCUCUGGUAUUGUAGCAGUUGGGGGGAGAAAUUAUGAGAAAUAGGGGAACUGCGAUUAUCUGAAUAAACUUCAAUAUUAAAUCCGUUUUGCUCUCAUAGAGUAAGCUUAUUGGCUUUGAAAAUGUUUUGUUUAGUUUUUUCCUUCCACUCUGAUGUUGAUCCGAACAUCCACUCACUCUCACACUUCAAUACAGCAGAGCAUUCGUUUUCUCUAACGAACAGAAUAAUGGACAGAUAAUUUGUAUAACUGAUCAAAUCUUAUUUUUAUGCCACAUGUACAAAAUAUUAACCAUUUUACAAUAUACCCAACAAAUGAUUUAAUCAUUUCCUUUGCUGUAUCGAUCUAUCCCAGAAUUAAUAUUGUUAGAUGGGCAGGAAAAUCAUAUUCAGAGAACUCACUCUGCAGAAUAUAGAUCAGUUGUUUUUUAAAGUGUACUGGCUGGUAUUCUUUACUUAUACUUAAUGGGAGGCCUCUACUUAAACCCAGUGGAACGGUUUCAUUUUCCUUUUAUACACGUUAUCUGAAACUGGCCAUGAUAAUUAUAGUGUGAAUAUUAUUUAAUUACUUGUUGUUAAUUUUGUUUGUUUUUUAUCACAGCAUAAAUAUUUGUUAAUUUGUUGGAUAUUGUAACCCCCAAACCCACCAUACUCUACUAUAUUUAUUUAAAAUGCUAAAUUGUUUGAGUGGGGAAAAAUAGUAUAGAACAGGUGUAGGCACCUUCUUAAAAAAGGACAUAUUGUGCACUGCAGGGUCAAACCGACAUGACAUAAUUGAUGGAAAUACACUGUAUUAUAUUACCUCUCCCAUGUGAUGGUGGACAGAGUGUAGGAACAAACUAGGGAAAAGAAAAUCCUUAUUGACCCCAGAAUGGCAGUCAGAUUUAUCCUUGGCUGAAGAAGCUAUUACCCUACAUUGAAAGAUUAUAUCCUUGAAUAUUCCGGUUUUGCAAGUAUGCAUCUAGUAGCUGUUUGAACAUCUGUAUGGACUCUGAUAAAACCACUUCUUCAGGCAGAGAAUUCCACAUCCUUAUUGUUCUUACAGUUAAAAAAAAGUUCUUUGCCUUAGACCAGUGAUGGCUAACCUUGACACCAUAAAUUGUUUCUGGGCUACAUUUCACAUGAUGCUCAGCUAGCUUUUAGACUCUAAAAGCUAGAUAAGCAUCAUGGGAAAUGUAGUCCAGAAACAAUUUAUGGUGUCAAGGUUAGCCAUCACUGCCUUAGAGAAAAUCUUCUUUCUUCCAGCCUAAAUGCAGGAAUACGUGUCCUAUGUAAAGUUCGGUUUCUGAAUAGAUUUCCACACAGUGGUUUGUAUUGGCCCCGGAUAUAUUUGUAUAAUAUUAUCAUAUCCCCUCUGAAGCGAUGUUUUUCUAAAUUAAAGAGGUUUAAAUUUGUUAACCUUUUUUCAUAGCUGAAAUAUUCCAUUCCUUUUAUAAAUUUUGUAGCCCGCCUCUGCACUUUUUCUAGUGCUGUAAAUUCCAUCUGGUGCCCAACAUUGCUCAGCAUAUUCAAUAUGUGGUCUUACCAGUGAUUUAUAAAGAGACAAAAUGAUAUUCUCGUCCUGAGAAUAAAUGCCCUUUUUCAUGCAUGACAAUACCUUACUGGCCUUAGCCACCAGUGAUUGACAUUGCACAUUGUUGCAUAGUUUGUUGUCUAUAACAAUUCCCAAGUCCUUUUCGUGUGUUGUUCUCCCUAAUUCGCUUCCGUUAAGGAUAUAAAUUGCUUGUGCAUUCUUUAUGCUGAAGUGCAUAACUUGGUAUUUUUCAACAUUACAUUUCAUCUGCCAUUUGAGUGCCGAGUCCCCAAGUCUAUCUAAAUCCCUCUGCAGCAAGGUAAUAUCUUCCUCACAUUGUAUUACUUUACAGAGUUUUAUGUCAUCUGCAGGGCAGUCUUUAAUUCUGAUUGGACCCUGGGCAAGCAUUAACUUGGGCCCCCUGACUACAUAUAGAUACACACAAAUACAAAACCUGACACACAUGCAGAUACACACUGACCGCAUAUAGAUACACACAAGAACAUACAGAUACACACAGACUACAUAUAGAACACUGACACACAGACACAAACACAGAUACACAACCUGACAAACAUGCAGAUACACAGAUACAUACACUGAUACAUGCAGAUACAAAGGUACACACACUGACUACAUAUAGAUACACAGACACACAGAUACACAACCUGACACACAUGCAGAUAUACAUAUACAAACACGGACACAUACAGAUACACACUGACUAUAUAUAGAUACAUACACAAACACAAACGGACAACAUACAGAUACAAAGGCACAUUCUGACAGACGUACUGACACAGAGACACACACAGACAGCCAUACUGAAACACACAUACACACAGACAUACAGAACCACAUGGACACUGACAGACUCACACAUAGACAUACUGACACACUGACAGACAUACAGACAUUAUGGCACACAUACACACAGACAGACAUACUGAAACACACAUACACACAGACACUGACAGACGUACACACAUACAGACAUUUUGACACUCACAGACAACCAUACUGAAACACACAUACACACAUACAUACUGAACCACACAGACACUGACCGACUCACACACACACAGACAUACUGACACACUGACAGACAUACUGGCACAUAUACACACAGACGGACAUCCUGAAACACACAUGCACACAGACACUGACAGACAUAUUGACAAACACAGACAUACAGAACCACACAUACACUGACAGACACAGACAUACUGACACACAGACAGACAUACAUACAUACAUACUCACACACAGACACUCAUGCAAAACUUGAUAACCACCCUCCAGUUUCUUACCUUUUCCUGGAGGGUGGCUUCCCUGGGGUCCAGUGGGGUGGCUGGGAGUUAAGUUCUCCCGGCCUGGCCCCCUCCGGAACAGCUCCUUCCUGUCACUUCCUCCCAGUGCUGCCGAAAAGCAAGGCCCGACCGGGCCCCUGCUGACACAGGCCCACCGGGUGGCCCUAAAUGCAUGGGCCACCCGAUGGGCCCCCAUAGUUUGCGGGCAGAGGGCAAAAGGCAAAAGGAGCUGGGACAGGGCCCGGGGCAGCUGCCCCGUUUGCCCUGCAUUAAAGACGGCCCUGGUCAUCUGCAAACACUGAAACAUGACUUUCAAUGGCUUUUUUUCCAAGAUCAUUUACAAAAAUUGACCCUUUUUUGAAUAUAGGAACCACAUCUGCCUUCCUCCAAUUCUCCAGAACACUUCCUGAAAGAAAAGAAUCAUGAAAGAUUAAAAACAGAGGUUCACUUAUUUCUACACUUAGUUCCUUAAGUACUCGUGGAUGAAUACCGCCAGGCCCUGGAGCUUUGUUUAUAUUAACUUUUAUUUAGUUGCUGCAGCACCUUGUCGUGAGUUAGCCAAUUACAAUUUUUCUGCAAGUUUUUAGCAGCAAUCAUUUGCACAUUUAUUGCCAUGGGUUCUUCCUUAAUAUAUACAGAGGAGAAAUAGUUAUUUAAAAUGUCUGCCUUUUCCUGGUCUUCAUUAACGCCACCCCCCACCCCCCAUCCCAGUUUUUAGUGUACCUACACUUUCAUUUUUUUGUUGUUUUAGAAUUUAUGUACUUAAAAAAUGCUUUGGGGUUGGUUUUGCGCUCUUUGGCUAUCAUUUUUUCCAAUCUUGAAUUUUAACAAAUCUAAUCGCCUUUUUGCACGCAUUAUUGGCUUCCUUAUAUCUUUUAUAUGAUGCCUCUGAUUUUUCAGAUUUAAAGGCUUUGAAUGCUCUUUUCUUAUUUUUAAUUUCUCGAUUUCACAUGCCCACUAAGCCACAUUGGUUUCAAAUUGCUUUUUAUAUUUAUUACCAAAUGGUACAUACUGAGAAAUGUACCUAUAUAAUAUUUGUUGUAAGAUGUUCCAUUUAUCCUCAGUGUUCUUUUCACUAAAAAGUGUAUGUCAGUCAAUAUAUUGUAAAGCUGCCCUUAACUUACAGAAAUUGUCCUUUUUAAAAUUAUAUGUUUUAGUUUACCCCAUGUGCUUUUGUUUUUUUUGAGUUUAUUUCAAAGGACACUAUACUGUGAUCACUAAUUCCCAAGUGCUCACCUACUUGAAUGUUGGUCAAAAGAUCAACGUUGUUUGUUAGAACCAGGUCCAGACAAGCAUCCAUUCUAGUUGGUGCUUGUACCAGUUGUGACAUGAAGGUGUCAUUUAACAAGUUCAAAAACCUGAUUCCCCUUUCUGAACUUCUAGUCCCUCUGUCCCAAUUUAUGUCUGGGUAAUUAAAAUCUUCAAUAAUUAACAUGUUACCCAGAUUUGAAGCUUUCUCAAUUUACUCAAUCAGCUGUUGUUCCUCAUCAAUAUUAACAUUAGGUGGUUUAUAACAUAUCCCAACCAAUAGUUGAUUUCCCUUCUUUUGACCCAAGCAGAUAUUUACCCAUAAAGCUUCCACAUUUUUCCCAUCACAUUCCAAUUGCUUACGUUUUGGCUUCAACUCAUGGUUGACAUACAAACAUACCCCACCACCUUUCCUGUUUUUGUUUUUUUUUGUCCUUCCUAAAUAGUGUGUUCCCAUUUAGUUAACUGCCCAGUCAUGUGUCUCAUCCCACCAUGUUUCUGUUAUGCCUAUUAUAUCAUAUUGUUUAGUAUAUGCUUUUGCCUCCAGUUCCCCCACUUUGUUAUUUAGGCUCCUUGCAUUACUAAGCAUACAUUUUAAUAUUAUCAUGAGUCAUUUGUACUUUUUGUGAAUUGUUAUCAACAUUACAUACUCUCUCUGUUCUGAGGUUGCCCCCUUAUACUGAGCUAAAUCUCAUCUCCUUUCUGUCCUAUCUCCAUUUUGUAGAUUGCUAUGACCCUCCUCCCCUACUACUAGUUUAAAAUCUCCUCCAACCUUCUAGCCAUCCUAUCCCCCAGCACUGCAGACCCUCUCCCGUUUAGGUGCAAUCCAUCACCACUAUAAAGGUUGUACCCAAUCGCAAAGUCGGCCCAGUGCUCUAAAAACCCCAAACCCUCCUUCCUGCACCAAGACUUAAGCCACGCAUUGACCUCUCUAAUCUCCCGCUGCCUUUCCACUGUAGCACGUGGCACAGGUAAUAUCUCAGAGAAUACCACCUUGGAGGUCCUUUUCUUAUGUUUGCUACCUAAUUCUCUGAAAUCAUUCUAGGACCUUCCAUCUUCCUCUUACUUGGUCAUGGCCUGGACCAGCCCCUCCCAGUAAUCUAUCCACUCUGUCAGCAAUAUGCCGGACCUGAGCACCCAGAAGAGAGAAAACUGUCCGGUUGAGCCGAUCGGAGCGGCAGAUUGCCCUAUCUGCUCUAAUAAUAGAGUCCCCUACCACCACGAUCUGUCUAGCCUUCCUUACAUUUUCAUCCCCACCCGUACUAGAGGGUCUCUUCCCUCGGCUGUAAGAAGGAACAGCUUCCUGCAGUACAGCUAUUCCUGAGCUGAUGCUCCCAACAUCUUCACUCAAACAGGCAAAUCUGCUAGGUUGCACAAAAUCAGGACUAGCAAGUCCUUUCCUCUUCCCUCCCCCCUCCUUCCUCGCCCCACUGUCACCCACCUGUCCCCACUAAACUCUCUGCUCAGUGAGCAGCAGACUCCUCUCAAGAUUGUCGAUCUCCCUCAAUGUUGCCAUUUGCUUUUCAUGAUCUCCAAUCUGAGCUUCCAGAGAAGCCACUCGCACACACCUGUCACAGAGGUAUGGACCCUGGACGGGUACAUCCAGGCAUGCAUACACACAGCAAGAUGUGCAUUGAGUCAAACCAGCAAUCUUGCUAACACUCAUUCCCCAGAUAUAGAACAGUAAAACAAUUUCCUUGCUAGUUUAAACCCCUUGUUUGUUUUAAAACUCCUGCUUUUCUAACUCCUACUUAAUGGUCUGCUUUCAAGCAAUGUGAGCAAGCUCAGUGAGUUAGGGGUGUGCUUAUAUGGGAAUACAAAUCUUACACAGGUGUAACUAAGGAACAUUCCCCCAAUUAAUCGCACAGCAGCACAAAUGAGAGAAAAAACAGAACACAGAAAAAAAACAAAAAAAGGCAGUUGUACAAAUUGUGAUCAAAACAAAAUGUAAACAAAACUUUGAAUUUACGCUAUAUGUCUGUUCAACCAGAAUUCAUAUCUUUCAUAUUAAAUGCGCCCACCUUUUAUUAUAAAUCAUUUUGUUCAGGAGAAACAGGGAUUUUAUGUCACAUCAAAUAUUUAUAUAUAAAACAUAAUUUAAUAUGAAUGAAAAAUUAAGAAAUUGUUAUUAUUUUAGUUCUGAAUUGCAUUUUAACUGUGAAUAGCAUAAUGCUGUUACUGCAAUAAAAUACACUUUUUUUUGUAUUCAGCGAUGUCUCACGAGUAAAACAGUCAUCCAAAUGUACAGGUUUUAUGGUGUUUUGGAAAGUUACAGGGUCAAAUAUAGCACGUCACAUUUUUCAGUUUAUACACAUUGAAAUUUGCCAGACUGGUUAUGUUGCCUUUCAGACUAAAUGGUCUGCUUUAAAGCAAUGUGAACAUAGCAUAACUUGCAAUUUAUCUCCACAGCUGGAUGUGAGAAUUACCGCUUUGGCUCUCUCCAUCACUGACUCUGAGUUGUCUGACGAGGAAGCCUCAAUUCUAGAGAGUGGAGGAUUCUCUGUCUCCAGGGCCACCACACCACAGCUGACUGAUGUGUCUGAGGGUGAGUAAGAAACAAGGAAUACACCUUCUAAUAACCUGUGCAUACAGACACAAGCAUUGUAACAUUACCGGCCAGUUAAUAAUCAGGAGUCUGUGUUAGUAAAAAGCCAUAAAUCUUCAUAUUUAACUUAUUUAAACAAAUUGUUCUCUCAAACUUAAAGUAGGGCUAAAUAAUAAAACUGCUUUGGUGUCAAGUGCAGCAUCUUUUUAACUAAAACGGCAUUCAUUAUUUAUAGUCACCAGCAAAUAGUUUGCCUCUCUGUUUUAUUACAUUGUUACUAUAUAGCAAGUGCGCAAGGAUUUCCUCUGACCUCCCUUUAUUUUUAGAUUUGGACCAACCUUGCACAGUGACUGAAGACAUCCCUCCCUCCAAGGAACACACAGUUGCACUUCCCUGGCUGGGCCCCUAUGAUAGUGAUGGAAGAGAAACCUCAGUGGAUGAGCUGCACAGCUUACAACCAGAGUCGUUGACUUUAAAUCCAGAAGAGCUUUUGCCAACUCUGGCUUCUCCACUGCACUUUGUCAAUACACACUUCAACGGGAGAGGUCUACCUCUUGGACUGGAAAGUGAUAUCCAUCCUUUGAGUGCAGAGAUGUUGACGGGAACCAACUCUGCUACCGUGCAAGAACCAGGGUCACCCACUGCCACACAGGGACUCAUGCCCUCAGAAUCCCAAGAGCCUGAGGGAGAUGGGGAAGAUUUUGAGCUCUUGGAGCAAGUAGAGCUGGAUUUGAUGCGGGAGGCGUUCAAAGAGGCUGAAAAGCAAAUAGGCACCACCAGCAGCAGCUCCGAUGCACCAGCCUCUACCCACCCAGACCAGGAGAAGCCUGCUUCAUAGGGAUCUGAGAGACAGUGGUGUGUCACGUAGAGGUAUUCCUCACAAUGUGCACAUUAUCUCUGGUUGGCAGCUUUGGAAUCUUAGCUGCUUUUUAAAUGAUGCCUAAUUGACGCUUUUUAAAGGACGCCCAAUAUAAAACUGCAGAAUUUCGUACCAGGCUUUGGUUUAAAGCACAGUGCAUUGCCAGUCAUCCCUCCACACAAGGUUUUAGUUUUGUUUAUUUGUGGGUUUUUUUUUUUUUUUACUUUUUAUUCAAAGUGCCCCUUAACUGUUUCAUCAGCCAUGCUUUUACUCUUUUUAUUGAAUAACAUAUUUAUUUUUUUAACCCAUACUACUAGUUAUACCAUAGUCCUUGGAAAGAGUGAAGGUAUGUUCUGUCUCCUGACAGCCAAGAUUUCUGAAUCCCAUUCUAAAAUCAAAUUGACACCCUUAAAAUCGCUAAUAUUAAUACAAUAUGUAGGUCUGUCUGUCUGUCUGUUACAUUUUUAAUACCAGUUAAGUUUUAAUAGAAAUGCCUACCUUCUGGCCAGGGCAAUAAUUUUGUUAGUUCAGGUCUGUGUACAGGUUAGUUUGGAUUGGAACAUAUUUUCAAAUUCAAUCAAAAGGAAAAAGUUAAAAAAAAAAACCCCCAAAAAAACAACACAAAAAAAGCGUGCAACAUAUCGAACCAUGUAGAGUAGUCUCUGGCACUCCUGAUGUGAUGUAUAGGAUGGUAGUUCUUGUCAUGCUUAACCAAUGGAAAGGAAUAGUUGCCCCCGAUGUAGAACACUAUUUAUGCUUUAUUUAAAAAAAAAAAAAAAAAUCAUAUUUCCUUUAGCCAACAGAAUUUCAGAACUACAGUAAACCACCCAAUGCCAGGCAAUAUCUCCAGUCAUACCCCACAGUGAUGCUGGUACAGCAAUCAUUUAUGCACUCUAAGCUAGGCGAAUAAUCAUUGUUACAAUAUUUCAUUGUAAUAUUGUGUCUCAUCUGUAGAGAUGAUUCCAUUUACACCAAGAAAAUAAGUCCUUCCUUUUCUGAAGCAUUGUAAUCGUCUUGGAAUAAGCUAUCCUGUUUGGGGGAGGGGGAAGCAGGUUUUCAAUUCUGCAGAAAGUUUGGGAAAACGCUAAUAUUUAAUAGUUUUGUGGUCGGGACAAGUGAGGAAUAAACUGAUUGGAUAGCAUUAGUCGGUUGGGUUGAGCCGAAAUUGACGUUUGUGUAGGCCUGUAAAUAAAGAGGGCAAAAAUAAGUCGAUUGAGAUGCAAUAGUGUUUAUUCAAAACACAAUUUUACAUAAUAUCAUAAAAGGCUUGUCAUAGUUCAGAAACUGGUUUUGGUAUGUACCUAAAAGAUGCAGAUGACUUCCAUCUACCUAGUUGUUUUUUUUGUUUUUUUUUAAUGAUAUGUACAUGAAUAUUUUGAUUAGAAGCCGCCCCGUUCUAAAUGGAUGCCUGGAAAGAGCUGAAGGGUUGAAACCUAAUUUCAAAAGGAGUGUCUUAAUGUAAAACAUGAAUUUGGAGGUGGUAAGUGGGUUACUGUUUAAGCUGAGUAGGGGAGAGUCCGGUGGUUUAUUUACUAACCUAGGGACAUACUGGUCCAUUACUCUUACAGAACACCAACGAUUAUUGGUGGUCUGGAAUGGGUUUUCGGUAGUGGGACCAGUUUGGUUGGUUUUUGUGUGUUGGAUUAAGAGGAAGUAGUUGUCCUUUAUCCUAAGGCAGUUGACUGUGUCUGAAGUUUUGGUGAGUGUGAACAGUCCAAAAACUCUGUUAACUAGGGUGCUUGGUGACCUCCUAGAUGCUGUGCAAGCCUGUCUCUUUACUGGGGUUAGUGAGUGCUUAGGAUAUAACCGAUUUAUAAAUCAGAGGAAGCACACAUGCAAUAAUCUGAAUCUUGAGAAUUAAACCUCAAUUACCAUCAUUAAAAUUAUUGCAAACUUGGGCUCUGCGUAAAAAAAACAACCUAUAGGCCGCCCUAGCUUGUGCCUCAUCUCUUUUUGUUCAGGCCUGCUGGAGGAAGCAGAGGGUAGCUGACUAGAAGUGUGGAGAGUGCCCUCCUUAGCGCACAAAUUAGUGGAGUGAGUAGUGGAUGCACAGACUGCGCGUACGGGUGUUUUUAAACCAUCAAAGUGUCUGCAAAAUAAUUCAGUAUCUGACUCCAAUCAGUUCUGUCUAUGAUUCGGGUUGUGGGGCUGGAGGGUGUUGGCAUCCUGCUAGCAUGUAAAAUGGCUCUAGCUAUGUUUGGGCCAUUGGGCGAAUAACCUCCGAUGAUGAGGAUGACAACAAAAAGCCUAGAAGAAGCUGAGUGGCUUGACAUUCUAAUAGUAGUAUAGUGAUUUAUUGAUAAAUGAUAAACUCCCAAGUAUAAUAACAUGAAGGUAAAACUGGAUGCAAGGUUGUUGUUUUUGUUUGUUUUUAAUAUUUCCCCACUCUUCUCCAAUCCCCCCAACUUUAAUAUGAUUUUUAAUGAAACAAGGGACCAGUAAAGUAUGAAACAAACUGAAUGCAACAAAAACUAAGAAUAACCCCCCAUCCCCCUUCCCAAAGUUAAUAUUCCAGCCAAAUUAGUACCAUUCAUGCGAUGUCCCAAUAAAUCCCAAGUGAACAUCCUCGCAAAUGUUGUUUGCCCGAUAGUUUUGGCGAACACAGAAUGUUGAGAUAUGUAGUCAAACAUCCCCUCCCAAUGAGAUCUGGCUGUUUUGAUAUCUGGUUUAAACACAACAGUGCGAUUCCAGAUAAGGAUUGGUGUCUGACCAAGUCUGUUUUUAUGAUUUGUUAGUUGUCUACAUCCAUUUUAACCCCUUAAGGACCAAACUUCUGGAACAAAGGGGAUCAUGACAUGUCACACAUGUCAUGUGUCCUUAAGGGGUUAAACAAAAAAAUUUUAACAAAUGAAAUAAACAUUUUUGAUUUUAAUGACUGAAAAACAUAAAUUUUAGAUAUCGCUUGUAGGGGUAAGCAAUCACAGACAGUCGAAACAUUAAUAUAUUUCUGGAUGUUUUAUCUCACACACUGAUUUUGGAUGUAACAACACAUGUUUGAGUGUCAUUUGCUCCCCCAGUAAAGUGAAAGGUCUACUAGAGCACAUUUUAAAGAAAUUUUAAAAGUAUAAAAAAAACACUUAUUUGCAAAUAACCUAAAAAUACAAAUUGGCACAACCCAAGUCCCCCUCCCCAAGUGAUGAUUUAAACUGAUUUUAACUCUGAUACAUGUGCACAGUGCAGGCGGAUCUAGAUUGUAAGCUCUUUUGAGCGGGAUACUCAUCAACCUAUUGUUCCUGUAACAUCUUGUAUUGUUAAAUCCCCCUCCCCCUUAUACUCUUGUAAAGCGCUGCAGACUAUUUUGGCGCUAAAAAAAAUGACAAUAAUGAUACUUAAAUCUGGAAUUAUGAAAACUUGAGAAGGUAAUUGUACAUUUUAGGGCAAACUUUUGAACUAAAAUUUACAAUUCUCUUGUAAGUUUUCCACAAUUUCCUGUUUGGCGAAUACACCCCAGGAUAAUCUAGGGAGGCAUUCAAGUUGCAUAUUUGUCUACCCUUGAAGUACACAGCAUAUUGGGAGAGGAAUAUAAACAGUCUUCACCAUCACAUCCCUUUCUGCACCUUCAUAUCUGCUUUUUCCGUGUGUACAAAUAAUUUUAUGUACCGUAUGUGUUUUAAAAACAAGAAGGAAGAGAGACCAUCUCUCCCAGCAGGAUUGCAAGGAUUCAGGCAUGUCUGCCUGUGUGUAGGAAUAUAUACAUAUUUGUGUAGGUAUAUUUAGUUGUUUAUGAGCUUUGUUUAAGUCUGUGUGUAUUUCUUCUGUACAUGUUUAGCUGUGUAUGGGAGUGUAAAAACAAGUAUGUAUAUGUGUGUACAGUGUAAAAUAAAAUUACUAAACUUUGAACAUGUAUUUAAAUAUUGCUCAUGUCCCCACCCUCUAAACAAUUAAUAAAAAAUUGUCACCGUUACUGCAGUGUUGAAACAUAAUUUUUGGACAUCUCUGAUCUAGGGUGACUACACAGCUCUUUAUUCCACCAGCGCCCUGCCACAUGCCCAAGGACCAGCUGGUUGGCUGCUCAAAUACAUCUGUGUACUUUUGAGACAUACAGGUUUUUGUACUAUGCCACGGCAGCAUUUAUAGUUAAUUUGAUCAGUUCGGUGUCAUGUCAAAAUAAUUUGCUGAAGACUGGUGCUGAACUAGAAGGGAAGGUGAGAAUUGAUUUCAUCUAGUUAUUAUUGCAAUGCUUUGCUGAAGAAAAAAAACUAUUAAUUUUUAAGGGUUCAGUCUGUCUUCAAAAGAGUCUUCAUGUUUGCAUUAAUCAAAGCUCAAUUUUUAUGUAUAUCCAUUCAUUAUGGUGUACUAUAUGCCAUUUCCAACGAGCCUGCCUUUGUACUACGUCACAGUCUGAUGAUCAAUUGUCUCGAGUUAAUACAUUUUUCAAAGAAAGACUUCCUAAAUGAUUUAACAACAACAAAUAAAUCCCAUAAACCUUGAUGGUAAUUUCUGGAGAUAAAUCGUUUCUUUUUCAAACAGUACGGAAUCAUUUGGAAAGCAGAAUAUACUGAGGCCAAUGUCAGCAAGGGUUCUGGGAAAAUCUCUACCACUCUCGAGUGUGUUUGGCAUAAAUGCACAUUGAGCAUGAGGCGUUUCUCUGAUUAAUGAUUUAUUCGGUAAAUUGAGAGAUGGUACAAGUCGUGUAUAGUAAAACAAAUGGCGAUAAGUUUAUUUUCCCUAUGUUGGUGUUUAUAUACCUAUCUGCUAAACUGGUAUUCGAUCUGUUGGCUUGACUGGUCCAGAUUCCCAUACAGAUUGUAUGAAUGACAUUUGGCUUUCACAUAUUUUCAAAGACACCGUCCAAGCAGUCUACCCACCACAUGUUAUGGCACCAUCGUGGUGGGUAGACUGCUUGGGCCUGCAGGAGCC